CCCCGGCGCGGCCCGGCCCGGCCCCGGCGCGGCGCGAGGAUGAGCGGGCGGCGCGUGGACGCCAAGGUGGUGCUGCUGGGCCAGGAGAGCGUGGGCAAGAGCAGCCUGGUGGAGCGCUACGUGCACCGCCGCUUCCGCCCCGGGCCCUACCAGAACACGAUCGGGGCCGCCUUCGUGGCCAAGGUGAUGCCCGUGGGGGACCAGACCGUGACCUUGGGGAUCUGGGACACAGCCGGCUCCGAGAGGUACGAGGCCAUGAGCCGGAUUUACUACCGCGGCGCGCGAGCGGCCAUCGUGUGCUACGAUCUUACUGACAGCAGCAGUUUCCAGCGAGCCAAAUUCUGGGUGAACGAGCUGCAGAACUUUGAGGAGAACUGCCGGAUCUAUCUGUGUGGCACCAAAAGCGACCUGCUGGAAGAGGACAGGAGGAAGCGGGGAGUUGACUUCCAUGACGUGCAGGACUAUGCGGAUGAGAUCAAGGCAGAGCUGUUUGAAACCUCCAGUAAGACGGGCGAGAGCGUUGAUGAACUGUUCCAGAAGGUGGCUGAGGACUUUGUACACUUCACCGCCUUCCAGGUGAUGACAGAGGAGAAAGGAGUUGACCUGGGCCAGAAGAGUGGUACCUACUUGUACAGCUGCUGCCACCACUGAGACCUUCUGCCAAAAGGGAAUUGCUGCUGUGGGCUUGGCAGUCCAUGCUCUCCAGACUUUUCCUAUUUUUUACCUGCUGUAUUUUAGCUGUAUGGGCUGCCUGGCCACGUAGAAACGGAGCACAGCCCCGUGGACUGCUCUCGUCUCCCUGGACUUGGCGUGCAGAGCAGCGCCAGCUGUAGCGGGCUGCUGCACGGUGCUGGGACACUGCUGCUGUGUGAGGAGCUGCAGACUGUGACGCCUCGGGAUGCUUGCAGAGACAUCUCCCUGCAGAGGGUUUAUCUGCUACCCAGUGUUUGAUAAAGCUGCUUCCCUGAGUCACAGCUCUGGCCCAGUGCAGCUGUUAAUUUAUUCUCUUGGAGAUAUUGCCUGAUACUUUACAGAUUAUUUAAGCAUCUUCUUUUGAGGUAUACAAUGUAAAUAAAACGCAUUGUGGUCUGAGAA